AUGAGCAUCAUUUCAAAGUGGGCCAAUAUGGUGGCCGAGGAGACCCAUCUCCCAUGGAAACACAAGCAGAUCCUUGAAGAAAACAGAGAACGUGAUGAGGCUCUUGUCAACUCAAUGGAACAAAAGCGUGGCAUGAAAAAAUACUGGCCCAUCAUUACCUCCGGAGCUGGUUUGUUUUCUGACGGAUACGUCAAUAACUCUAUCGGUUCCGUUAACACAAUCCUUGGAAUCCUAUACCCCCACGAAUAUAAAAACUCUUCAGCCCAAUCCAACGUCUCAUCCAUUGCGUUUGUUGGCACAGUUGUUGGCCAACUUUCAUUUGGUUAUGUCUCAGACCACUACUCCCGUAAAAUUGGCAUGAUUGUGUCAACUAUCAUUCUCAUUGUCUUUACCAUUCUAGGCUCGGGUGCCUGGGGCGCCGGCGGUUCCAUCUACGGUAUGCUUGCUGCCCUUACAGCUUACCGAUUUUUCAUUGGUAUCGGCAUUGGCGGUGAAUACCCUGCUGGCUCUGUUGCUGCUGCCGAGGCUUCUGUCCUUAUUAGCCGGGGCUCUCGUAAUCGCUGGUUUGUUAUUUUUACAAACUUUAUGAUUGAUUUUGGCUUUGUUGUCUCUGCAUUUGUCCCCCUCGUGCUUUUGUGGAUUUGUGGUAUUGAUCAUUUAACCCCCGUUUGGCGAAUUACCCUUGGUCUUGGUGCCAUUCCUCCCAUCUCAUUAUUUUUUCUGCGUCUUCUCUACAAGGAGAAUGAACAGUUUAUAAAAAAUAACAUGAAGCGUUCCGGUACACCUUACUGGCUCGCUACCAAGUACUACUUUCCCCGUCUUGUUGUUGUUGCUCUCAUUUGGUUCAUUUAUGACUUUAGUGCCUACUCCUUUGGUAUUUACUCGUCUACAAUUAUCAGUAUUAUCAUUCCUGAUAAUGACUUGUACAAGACUUUUGGUUGGAACGUUGUUCUUAACUUGUUUUAUAUCCCUGGUGCCUUUUUGGGUGCCUUUGCUUCGGACUACUUGGGCCCCCGUCUUUCUCUUGUCAUCGGUGUCGGUCUCCAAGGAAUCAUAGGUUUUAUUAUGGCUGGAAUUUACGAACAUUUGACCCACAAUAUUGCAGGAUUUGUCGUUAUGUUUGGUAUCUUUUUGACUCUGGGUGAAUUUGGUCCCGGUGAUCAGAUUGGUAUCAUUGCCUCCAAGACUUCUGCUACUAGUAUCCGUGGCCAAUAUUAUGGUAUUGCUGCUGCUGUUGGAAAGAUUGGUGCAUUUGUUGGCACCAAAUCUUUUCCUUAUAUUAUCAAACAUUUUGGUGGCUCCGAAACUAUUCGUGGUAACCAGGGACCCUUUUGGAUCUCGUCAGGUCUAUGUUUGUUUUCGGCUCUUUUGGCGCUUUUUUUCCUCCCUUCCCUGACUCAGGAUUCCAUUACUGAGGAAGAUGAACGCUUCAAAGCUUAUCUUCAGGCCAAUGGCUUUGACACUUCGCUUAUGGGUGAGACUGAUAAUAAUGAUAGCAGUGAUAGCAUGUAUGAUGACGCUGAGAACAUUAUUGUCAGCCCCGACCAAAAAUUGGAGCAGUCUGAAAAGGAUCGUGCUUUUUGA